ACAAAAAUUGACCAAUUUUUUGAAUAGAUUCCUCUUGAUCACUCUUGACGAUCGCGCGAUCACAAGUCUACAGUGAUCCAAUCAUAGUGAUCAAUUCAGCAAAUUAAUCCCUGCGAUUGGACCACUUGUGUACAUUCAGCUUUAAUCCCGAAGUGGAUCCAGGAGGAGUCAGAAGGAACCCAUCUCUAGAGUAUAUGUUACGUUUAUGAUACAAACAACCGAACAGUGCCGAACAAAUCCGAGCAGUAUAUAUACGUACGUCCACGUCAGUGCACGUCAUGCACGUCGCGGUUACAGGUGUUUUCUCCAACAUAACCCGCAUAAUCUCCGAGUAACGGCUUGCGUCUGGUUGUCAUUCGGAGUCUUGCACCGCGAUCGAUGAAUGAGAUUCACGCAAAUGACAAAUUAUUCCGAUAUUAUUUAGUACAGAUAAGUGUAGCAAAAUGUAUUGGACAUUGUGCAUACUGAUCAUCGGAUCGUUUGGAUACAAAUAUACGCUCACUCAAGCGCAAAGAGUUGCACCGGGUGUGCCACCGCAGCAUUAUCAACAACCUGUCCAACAACAUGCCCAUCAUAUUCCUCAGCAACACCAAUAUCAACAAGUGCCUGUACAGCAGCAAGUACCAGUACAGCAGCAACAAGUACCAGUACAACAGGCUCCUGUUCAGCAAGUACCAAUGCAACAAGUACCAGUCCAGCAUCAAGUACCUGUGCAACAGCAAGUACCUGUGCAACAGCAGUCCCAUGGUCAAGGUCAUGGACAUGCUCAUGGUCAACCUCAAUUACUUAAUACUGCCAAUAUAGCUCAUGAAAAGGAACAUAUUGCAGAACAUGCUGAUGUUCCAAUAGACACCAGUAAAAUGUCAGAUCAAGAACUCCAAUUUCAUUACUUCAAGAUGCACGAUGCAGAUAAUAACAACAAGUUGGACGGUUGCGAGCUGAUCAAGUCUCUGAUACAUUGGCAUGAACAAGGUAACAACGAGCAGGGUGAUAAACUGUUUAAGGAUGAAGAAUUAGUGCAAUUGAUAGAUCCAAUACUUAGCAUGGAUGAUACUAACAAUGAUGGCUAUAUCGAUUAUGCCGAAUUCAUUCAAGCCCAACAGAACGCUGCAGCUAAUGCCCGCCCAUAAUGACGGAUCUUCUUCACUCACUGCACAACCACAACCUACAGUAUGAACAAAUUAAAUGAACAUUUUUAAAGAUUCUCGAUCAACACAGUGUAACAUUGUAUUGUUGUAUUUAUAUGAUGUGCAUAAUAAUGCAUAUAUUGAGUAAAGUUUAAUUGAUCGCGGGAUAAGUAAUUCAUUUUUUAUUAAUAUGAGUAUAAUAUGAAUAUAUAAUCAUUAAUUGUAAAAAAGGCUUUGUGGUACAUAUGUUAAAUAUCUUGACAUAAGACGAUUUUUGGCAAUCGUAUGGUACAUGUACCAAAUUAUAAUUUGAAGUCACUCGAACUAUAGUUUGGUACACUUUGGUAUAUGUACCAUAGGAUCGCCAAAAAUCGCCUAUAUAUAUACAGGGGAUAUUGUACAAAUUUAGUGUAUCCAUAAAAUAUUUAGAAUAUAUAGAAUAUUAUGCCAGAUAAAUAAACUCUUAAAUUUUUCAACUAUAAAUGUUUAUAAUUUUAAAAAGUGUUGUCCACGGUUCAGAUAUCAUGCUAAAACGUAGCAAAGACGCCCUUUAUAUUUAAUGUAUUAUCGUAUAUAACACAUAUAAAGAUACAUUUAGUAUAAAAACUAUACUUUCCCUUAUAAAUGUCAAGUGAAAAAAGAAGAAACAGAGUGAGAUUACAAUUCAUGCUUCCAAGGAGUAAGUGCAGUGAGGAAUCAAGCCUUAAGUCUAGAGUAAAAGUUUAUUAUAAGAUACUAAAAGUUUAUUGUAAGAUAAGUGUAAUAUUAUGUGUUUAAGACAGGUUUUUUUUUUUACACAGGAAAACUAUUUUUAGAUAAGUGUUGUAUAGAAAAUAUAUUGCUUUUUGUGUUAAUAAAUAAAAUAAUCACGUAA